UAGGUGUCUGCAAUUCCUAUCUGUGGCAGAUGAAAUGAUCGGAAUUCAUGACAAACAAUAAUAACAGUGUUAGCUUCUGCUCAAUAUUUAUUUUAUUUAUUUAAUUAACUUAAGUGUUUCCUGAAAGUAAACGAAAAGUGUUGCAAUGGCUCAAGCUGAAGAUACAGAACUUCGAGAUUUAGUGUUAGAAGCUUUGGAAAAGAAUGGAUCGCUAGCUAAAAUUCGUGCCUUACUUCGUGCGAAUAUUUUCUUGGCGUUUGAGGAUGAUUGUGAAAAUAUGAAACAAAAUGUGAAUUUGGACAACAUUUUAAAAAUACCAGAAGGUGUGCUGGCGUUGUCGAUUGUUCACGAGUUUUUAGAGUUUUGUAACCUUAAAAACACGCUGUUUGUGUACAUGUCGGAGUCGCGCCAGGGCACGGAAUACAUGUAUGAGGGCCGAAAUAUUUUGGUUGAUCGACUUCAGUUCUUAAACGGUAACCAUGAUUCCAAGGAGCCUGUUCUCGUCACGUUCGUAAAAAAUAUCCUCAGACCUCACCAGAAGAAGUACUACGAGCAGGGGGACGCCGGCAAUGCGGGCCAACAUGACUCGCUUACUGCGAAACAACGCAAAGAUGACCAAAACUGCACUUACAUUGUUCAUGAAGACUCCAGUAUGUCAACUAGUAAUUCAACUUCUGACAAUUCAUCAGAUGAAAAGAAUAAACUUCACUUGAAAUUACCUCUUGACAAUUCAGAUACAGACACAUCCAGUGACUCAGUGAGAGAUAAAAUGAGCUCAGAGUAUAUUCCCAACCAGCACAUACUGUCUCAAGCCAGAAGUAAUGUUGAUAGAUUAACCCUUGACCAACACUUGAGUCAACACAAUGACACUCCCCCUACAAAUCUGCAAAACCGUGAAAUUAAGCCAAAUAUAAAUAACAGUAGUGAGUCCACAUCAUAUGUAGAUAUUAAAUCAUUAAAACCACCAGAUGAGGCAAAUAUAACAAUACCGGUUAUAGCAGUUGACAAUGUUAACAAUAGUCCUGUAAGUUGCCAGAAGCCAACUCACACAAGUUCUCAACCUGAAAAUAUGAAAGCAAACUCCGAGUCUCCAUCAUCGGCAACUAUGAAUAGUAUUUCAUCACUAUCUUUGAAGCAUGAAAAUGGAAAGAAACUUCAAAAAAGCACCUUGCUGACUACAGAUGAUCCUACUAAAUCAGAGAAUGAAGUGACAGAAUACAGUUUGGAUUUUUCACUGUCUCAAGUCUCUAGAAACAAGAGCAUACCUGAAAGUCAGCUGCAACUUCCAGAUCAGAUAAAGGAUCAAACUUCGCCACUCUUAAGCCCACAUCAGAAUUCACAAAGUUCUCAAAGUUCUGUGUCCAUAUCUGAUGUAGCUGACCUAAUUGAGUACAGUGACCGAAGUUACUUAUUUGAACACAAUCAAAAUAAAGAUAAAGAGACUGAAGUUACACCAUCAAAAGCAAGUAAUAAAUCUAAAAAUGCAGAAAGUGAUCAGAAUUUAGUUCCAAGUGAGGAUUCUGGUGAUUUUUCAGAAUCUCCUAUCCCAUCACUUUCAAACUUAAGUCUUGAUGUGCAUAGUGAUUAAUCUAAAUCUUAUCUAUGAACUUAGCCGACUCACAUUUAUAUCAAUUAUUAACAUGGUUGCUGCGACAUAGUGACUGUAACAAAAAUGUUAAUUUUAGAGUAAAACAAAAUAUUAUUGAGAUGUGUAUAAUGUAAUGUCUCAAUCCUUCUCUGUUUGUUGAGGGUGCUUGUGGUAUUGAUUAUCUAUAUUGUUAGGUCAUUUCCUAUUGAAACCUAUUUACUCAUAUAUUCUUAAGUAGCUAAAUAAUAAAUCAAAUGUAAAAUGUUAAAGUAAUAUCACUUAUGGAGCCAUUGGUUUGGUAGCCAUGUUACUACUUGGUGCUCUAAACAGAUUGCAAGAUGUCUGAAAUUUUAGACCAUGUACCAAUAUUUAUGUUCUCAGGAGAUAGUCAAGCUCUUUCUCAAGCAUUUUUAAUGCCAACACCCUUUAAAUCCUUUAUUACUUUCAAACCCUAGAGGUACAAUAUUUUUGAGACGACCAACCCAUGGCAAUUAUUUGAUAAAUCUACUAUUAGUCCUAAUAGUUGUAGUUAUGUAAGUAUGUGGCAGUAGCACACAUACAGUCACAUCUGAAAAUAUGGACACGAUCGAAGUGCCAAAAAUAUGUAUACACGACCUUAUGCCCCAUAUAUUAGGGUAGUGUAUACACAUUUUUGGCACUUUGUCCGUAUGGAUAUAUUCAGACGUGACCGUACCAUAAUAGUAUGUAUACCAAAAAAAACAAUAUGACUACCAACAAUUAGUAACUACCCUUUUCUAUCAAAAUGGCACAUAAUUUUUCAUAUUUGUUACAUCAACUAUUGUAUUAAUAUCAAAUACGGAAUUUAGGACUAGGAAAUUAACCACAAUAAGGAUAUUUCCUUGUUAGGUCCCUGUAUUUUAGUUUUUUUUUGUACUAUUUGACUUUAUCAUGGCAUUAACCAAACAAAAGCAUAUUAUAUGAAAGCAUAUAGUAUAAGUAGAGUAGGGGCCACUUGUAUGGACUCUAGGGCGGUUUUAGACUAGCUUAUUUUUCUACACGAAUACGAUACGAUCGUUACGAGCUUACACGCGCAUUACUUUUCCUUACAUUUAGUCUAUACGAGCUUACACACUUGUACGCGUACGCUCGUAUAAAAAGCUAGUGUGAAACCUUAGAAAGGGGACACUCAAAUCUGAGUGUGAAAUGUAUUAAUGUUAUAUGUAUAUACAUACUUUAAUAACUUUAAUUCAAAGCAAACUAAACUCGUAGUACUGAAGUGCUUACUGUACAUAAUUGUUAGGUAAUAAAAUAAUUCCUAUUCUAAGCCUGUUUUACGAUAUGUACGAAAAUUACUGCUUUUCUAAUCAGACACCAGUUGGUUAUGAAUUGAUUACCUAUUUGACAGUUCCAGGUGUUAUUUGAAGUAAUAAAGGUUGUGCCUUAUUUAUAUGUACCAAGAUUCCUUUGAAUAUAGCUGUCUACUAUGUUUAAAUUCUAGUCUUAAUAUGCAACCGGUUCCGUCCAAAUUGCUCCAUUGCCAUGUCAAUAAUUCAGGAAAAAUAUCUGCAACCAUAGCUUAUUUACUUUAUUAUCAUGAAUAAAAACUGUAAGUCGCGUA